AAUGGUGAGUCGAUAAGGAGAGCGUUCAACAUAGCUCUGGUCUUCACAAGUUUCUACCUCAUGCUUCCACGGGUCAAUCGAUGACAAAGACCGCCAGCUAAGAGUUGUGUGCUUAGCUGGUAGUGCAGCCUGGGCACUGUUGUCCUUCUGACUUCAGCUAGAUUGAGGAGGUACGUCCCGAGCGUCUGUUCACCAAGGAGGUGCGGCUCAAAGAGCGUCUGUUCUGGUAUCCAGCGACUGAGUAUGAAAUGCUGUAUUGCGUCAGCUAUACCUAAGAAGGCAGCCCCUUCAACGCAAUGUAGGCAGCGCGGCCCCGGUUAGGUAGCCUGCUGAAAACCUUCAAACACCCAGAAAAGCAAUAGUAGAUUAAACGGAUUGAUUCAAUGGCAACAAACCCGGCAACGAAUAAAGGACAACGAUUGGAAAGUCGGAUCUUGGAACGUGAGAACUUUGAAUGAACCCACACGUGGUGGGCUCCUGGCUCGUGAACUGCAGAAUGUUGGCGUUAAGGUGGCUGCUAUCCAGGAGAUACGCUGGCCCAAAACUGGAGAACGCGAAUUCCGAGCGGUGGAUCCCAUCGCCAACACUUUAUUCAAGUACCACAUCUACUACAGCGGCGGCGAUAAGGCAGAACGCGGAGUUGGCUUUAUAGUGAUCGGGAAGCAGAUGAAGCGAGUUAUUCGGUGGAAGCCGAUAAGCGACCGAAUCUGUGUGUUGAGGAUGAAGGGCAAGUUCUUCAACUACAGCCUGAUCAGCAUCUAUGCGCCAACGAACGACUAACCCGAUGACAUGAAGGAUGAGUUCUAUGAGAGCCUUGAUAAGGCCUACGGAGAGUGCCCAAAACAAGAUGUCAAAAUAGUCAUCGGAGAUGCGAAUGCGCAGAUCGGCAGAGAAAGUUUCUUUCGGCCUGUCAUUGGAACGGAAAGCCUUCAUUCUGUUACCAACGCUAAUGGUCUGCGCCUUGUGACAUCCGCUGCUGCUAGAGGGAUGGCAAUCAGCAGUACCUACUUCGCACGUAAGAAUAUCCGAAAACACACCUGGCGACACCCGAGUGGUGACACUUGCUCCCAGAUAGACCACGUACUGGUCGACGGGCGACAUUUUUCGGACGUCAUAGAUGUGAGGUCCUACAGAGGCCCGAACAUUGACUCGGAUCAUUAUCUUGUAGCCGCAAAAAUUCGGGCACGAUUAUCCAGCGUCACGAGUUCAAGAAACAACAGGACGAUGCGUUUCAAUAUCCAUCGCUUGUCAGCCGAAGGGGUUGCUGCACAGUACCAUCAGAAGCUAGACGAGAGGAUAGGAGAGAUCAACGGAUCUGGAGAUGUCAACAGCUUAUGGGGAGUUAUCCACGAAGCAGUGACAACAACAGCGCAAGAGGUGAUAGGUACCGCUCAGCGACGCCAACGUAAAUGGUUGGUUUGACGAGGACUGCCAACGAGUGACGAACGAAAAGAAUGCCGCCAGAAGUCGAAUGCUAGUGGCCGGUACCCGGCAGAACAGAGAGCGGUACAGGGUUGCAAGAGCAGAAGAGAAACGAAUCCACCGCAGAAAAAAACGGCAACACGAAGAGAGUGUUAUUGCUGAAGCGCAGGAAAGUAUGGACAGGAACGAUAUGCGGAGGUUUUAUGCAACUGUCAAUGGCACGCGGCACAAGACUGCGCCAGUGCCCGCCAUGUGCAAUGACCGGGAUGGAAAUUUGCUGACAGACAAAACAAUGGUGGCAUCCAAGGGGAAGGAGCACUUCGAAGAUUUGUUGAAUGGUAGCAGCGAAGGAGCACCCAGGAACAGGAUUAACAUAAUGGAUGACAGUCAAGCAGUGGAACCACCAACACUGGAUGAGGUCAAAAAGGCCCUUAAGGAGCUGAAAAACAGCAAGGCUGCUGGGAAGGACGAGAUCCCGGUCGAACUUCUUAAGCACGGAAGCGAGCAGCUACAUCAAUCAAUCCACCAGGUUAUUAUAAAGAUUUGGGAGGAUGAAGAAUUGCCCUCCAAUUGGUUGGACGGCCUCAUAUGCCCAAUCUACAAAAAAGGGCACAGACUGGAGUGUGCCAAUUACAGAGGGAUUACCCUUUUAAAUUCGGCGUAUAAGAUACUGUCGCGUGUCCUGUUCAACAGACUGCGACCUCUUGAGGAGUCCUUCGUCGGCGAAUACCAGGCUGGUUUUCGUAAGGGCCGAUCAACGACGGAUCAAGUGUUUGUCCUGCGGAUGAUCCUAGAUAAAUUUUGGGAAUAUAAAUUGCAGACUCACCAUCUGUUCAUUGAUUUUAAAGCAGCGUACGAUUCAGUGAAAAGAAAUUAGCUUUGGCAGAUAAUGUCAGAACAUGGUUUUCCGGCGAAACUAAUUAGACUGAUACGCGUAACGCUGGAUGGAUCAAAAUCAAGUAUUCGGAUCGCGGACGAAGUGUCCACGUCGUUUGUGACCUUGGAUGGAUUGAAGCAGGGGGAUGCUCUUUCAAAUUUAUUGUUCAACAUUGCACUCGAAGGAGCGAUUAGGAGGUCAGGCGUGCAGAGAAAUGGCUCUAUCAUCACACGGUCGCACAUGCUCCUCGGUUUUGCGGACGAUAUUGAUCUCAUCGGCAUCGAUCGUAGGGCAGUGGAGAAAGCUUAUGCUCCUCUGAAGAGAGAGACAGCG